AAGAGCUCAGAAUUACUUCUGAGAAGAUGUUUAAAUCACUGACAGCAAGGUUCAACAAGGUGGAGCCAAAAGAAGAAAAAAAUAAGAAUGAAGAAACAACAAAACCACACAUUCAAUCUCAGCUACUCACCAGUGAGGGAGAAAGGAAAGCUGAAAAGGAACCCACCGAAGCCAAGACUUCUUCAGCCAAUCUUAACCCUUCAGACCUAAAGCGGCAAGAAGCAAUUUGUGGACAAAAUUUGCUUGAGGAACUGAACAAAAAUCCUGAUCUGGCAGACCCAUCUGAAGUGGAAAAAACACAGAAACUGACCUAUAAUGGGACGGAGACUUCAGCAAAACAGGAAAGUGAAUUACCUCAAUUCUCUCAGAUCAGUGAAUAUACAGAGGCCCAGAUCCAUGAUCUCGUCGAAAGACUGCGGCAGAGAACUGCACACUACAAGGAAAAGUUGGUUGAAGAUGAUUUAUCCUCUCCGGAAGCUAGCCCUAAAGCUGCCCCAGAAGCAAAGCCUGCAGCCCCACCUCCACCAGAGGAGGGGGAGAAAGAAGAUGCAGUGAAACCAGAAGAAAAGAACUACUGUGGAAUGCUCUGCUAUAAAUUCCAGAAGGCCUCAUUGAAAGCAUACCUGAAACAAAUAAAACUACCAAACUCUAUCGAUGCAUACACAGACCAUUCGUUUGUGCUGUGGCUUCUAUUUGUGACUCUUGCCUAUAACUGGAACUGCUGGUUUAUCCCUCUGCGUUUUGUCUUUCCCUACCAAACUCCAGAAAACUUUACUUAUUGGCUUGUAAUAGACAUCAUCUGUGAUAUCAUAUACCUUUGUGAUAUGCUGAUAUUCCAACCCAGAGUGCAAUUCAUAAGAGGAGGAGACAUAAUCAUGGAUUCAGGGGAAAUGAAGAAACAUUAUCGAAGUUCAGUAAAGUUUCAGCUUGAUCUGGCAUCAGUAAUACCAUUCGAUGCUCUUUAUCUCUUCUUUGGAUUUAACCCAAUGUUUAGAGCAAAUAGGCUAUUAAAGUAUAACACAUUUUUUGAAUUCAACGAUCGCCUAGAAGCCAUAAUGGAUAAAGCCUAUAUCUACAGAGUCAUUCGGACGACCGGAUACCUUCUGUUUACUCUACACAUUAAUGCUUGUAUCUAUUACUGGGCUUCAGACUAUGUAGGUAUUGGCAGUUCCAAGUGGGUGUAUAGCGGUGAAGGAAACAGGUAUCUGAGAUGUUACUACUGGGCAGUUCGAACACUAAUUACCAUCGGAGGCCUUCCCGAACCACAGAGCAUGUUUGAGAUUAUCUUUCAGCUUUUGAAUUUUUUCUCUGGAGUCUUCGUCUUCUCCAGUUUAAUUGGUCAGAUGAGAGAUGUAAUUGGAGCCGCUACUGCUGGUCAGAACUACUUUCGUGCUUGCGUGGAUGACACUAUCUCUUAUAUGAACACAUAUUCAAUUCCCAGGAUUGUGCAAAAUCGGGUUCGGACAUGGUAUGAAUAUACAUGGGACUCUCAAAGAAUGCUGGAUGAAUCUAAGUUACUGGAACAGCUGCCUACCAAGAUGCAACUAGCCAUCGCCAUUGAUGUGAACUUCGCCAUCGUCAAUAACGUCGACUUGUUUAAAGGUUGUGAUACACAGAUGAUUUAUGACAUGUUGCUGAGGUUGAAAUCCACUGUGUAUUUGCCUGGUGAUUUUGUGUGCAAAAAGGGAGAGAUUGGCAAAGAGAUGUAUAUCAUCAAACAGGGAGAAGUUCAAGUUCUUGGAGGCCCAGACAACACAAAGGUUCUGGUUACUCUGAAGGCUGGGGCCGUCUUUGGGGAGAUCAGCCUUCUAGCCUCUGGGGGAGGAAACCGUCGAACAGCCAAUGUGGUGGCGCAUGGGUUUGCAAAUCUCUUUAUUCUUGACAAAAAGACUCUCAAUGAAAUCCUGGUGCACUACCCGGACUCUCAAAAGCUCCUGAUGAAGAAAGCAAAGGUCCUCCUCAAACAGAAGGCCAAGCCCGCAAAUGAGCCUCCACCAGUAAAAGGACUGGCUUUUCUCUUCCCACCGAAAGAAGAGACACCCAAGAUGUUCAAAGCUCUGCUGGGUGGUUCAGGAAAAGCGGGCCUUGCAAGGUUGCUCAAACUGAAGCGGGAACAAGCAGCUCAGGAAAAGCCAGAAAACCCUGAAGGAGAAGAAGAGAAAGGAAGAGAGCAUGAAGAGAAGCCAUUGGAUAGUCAUAAAUGUCAACCAAGCCCGAUAAAAGGAAACCCAACUCCUCAGCCAUCAUCCAAAGCAGUCUUAUGCUGGGGAACUACCAAUCAAUCACUUAUCAUUACAAUGACCCCUUCCCCUAAUGCAGGAGAAGGAGAGGUACUUACUGUUCAAGUCAAAGAGAAGCCUAAGCAAUAGACGCUUGAUGUUGUGGGUUGGAGUCUUGCACUGUCCCUGGAUGGUACAGUUAGUCAAAGGGCAUUGCAUCUACUCCUGAGAAAUCACCAUUAAUUCACUAGAACACAGUUUGCAGAGCUUGAUUUGAAGGUGGUGUUUUCCUCAUAAGUCAGAAAUAGAUGAUCAUUUUCCUCUUUGCUUCUUUCUUUCCUGUUACCUCGUUGGGUUUUGCUUUACUCUUGCCCCUCAUGUUUCUAGCAUAUAGUUUCCCCUUGAGCUUCUCUCUUGAGUUUUAGUGCUGUUUUGUGGCCAUGAAUAUGGAUCUACUCUCUCUCAGAUUAGGUUAUGCUGCUUUAUUAAGUGAUGUGGGUUCAGAUGAUGGUCAGAUAUCAACCACCACCUUUCAGGUGCUAAAUGAUCAGUGCUCCACUCCUCAUAAGAUCAACAGUGGUGGCAGAAGUGAAGAAGAACAAAUUAUCUUUGGAGU